AUGACGAGGAAAAAGCCCAGAUUCGUUGAUUUCCUUGUAGGACUUCCAAAGGAAGUAAUUGGAUCGAUAUUUUCGUAUAUUCCUGAUAGUUUUUUACAUACCUACAUCGACAACCCACUAAUUGGUGAACAUGCACUUGAAGCUUUACUUUCCAACAUAACAAUCUGCGAUCCGCGUUAUUACAUGGACAAUCGCCAUUUGCAUAUUCCUAUCGGAGAUGAAUUUUUAUGUGAAGAGAGAUUUCAGAUUACCCACGACUAUGAAGUCAAAGACGUCAAUCAAUUUCUUGAAAUCAUGAAGAAACAUCCAAAUAUCAAACCUAAGUAUAUCACAGUUAACAACUUGGAAGAAGUUUCUAAGAUACAUAAGGAAAAUCCAUCAUUUCUUGAAGGUACCAGCAUUCGAGUCAAUGGAGUCCAUGAUGUUCCAUUGACCAAAGAAGUCUUUAAGCUUCCUUAUAAGUUUCACAAACUAUUCGUCGGUAACCCUAAGUAUGACAUCGAAAUCCCUGAAAGCACCGAGGAACUACAAGCCCCAGUGGAAGUUUUAGAUCGCUUCAGUUCCCAAUUGAUGAAUAUAAAAAGAUUGAAGAUCUUGAACUUUUGUACCAUCGAGAAUUUGGACUGGUUACCGCCAAAUUUAUCCUCUUUGGAUUUGAAGUUUAUUUGCAAUGACAACACCCAGUUCAAGUUAGAUCUGUUUACUUCGUUGAAAUCAUUGACCUUGCGUGUUUCAAAAUUAGGAGCCGACAAAGCCAUCGACUUAUCCCAUUUACAGAACCUCAAAAAAUUCUCGGGGUUUGGCUUCCCCUUGCAUCAAGUCAAGCUCCCCAAACAAAUCUGCGAUUUAAAAACCUGGUGCACCAAAAGGUUAGAUUCCAUUAUUCAGUUCGAGCAACUCAAAAGGUUGAAUGUUCAUGUUGAAUCUGAUAUCAGCCUUGAAAGAGUAGUUUUCCCAGAGAGCCUAAGGUGGCUAUCUCUCGAAUAUGACAAGCAAGAUGAAGGUGAAGAUGGUUACAUGUCAGAAGGAUUUUUAAGCGCUUACAUUGAAUCAGAUGUAGAGUCAGACCCUGUCUUCAAAAAGAGAAAGUUAGCAGGCAUUCGGUCUUUAAAACAAGGUAGUUUUGAAAUAAGAAAAAGGAAUCUUUUAAUAGGGACCGUUAACCUAUGUACUGUGAUAGAAUGGCCCAUUAGCUUGUUGACGUUAAAGCUAACAUCAUGCCUCUUGGCUGGAUUCAAUUUUCCUUCGUCGGCAAUUUCCUUGAAUUUGAAUCGGUCUCGCUUGUCAACUUCGCGAUUAAACCGUCAGUUCAAUUUCAACAAAUUGUCACAAUUGAAGAGACUCGAAUUGAGUCAUUGUAAGAUUAAGUAUAUUGAUACCGGCUUUCCUCGAACUUUGAAAUAUCUUGAUCUAUCUGACAAUAAAAUGCGAAAAAUUUCCUUCAGAGCUCGAAAUCUUCGAGUUUUAGAUUUAAACACGACUGACAUAGAUGCAUCCCACAAGACUUUCCAGAUUCCCCACAAUAUUAUCAAAGUAGAUUUCAGUUUCGCGAAGUUCGACUUGAUUCUCCACUUUCCCCGCAUUCCUCCAUACAUGAGUGGAAUGUACAUGGAAGGUAGGAUGUGGCCACCACCAACGGACAGGGAAUUUAUGACUGGAAGACUGCACUUCCCGCCCGGAGCAGGAUUUGAGAUGGACUAUGAAUCAAUCACAGACGUGAACGACCUUGUAACAAUGUUUCCGAAGUCUGUGAGAGAGCUCAAUAUGUCCAUGUUCCGACUUAUGGUAGAAGACGUGGAGACAUGGGAUUUUUCAGCAGCUAAAAAUUUGAAGUAUUUGAAAAUUGACUUGAGUUUUUGUGAUAGGAGUCCAAUAAACUUGCCGAAGAGCUUGGUAUCUCUCUAUCUAAAUGGUGGACCCAUGGAUGUAGUUCCAUGCGAGGAUUUCAAGGCUUUUAAUAAAUUAAAAUAUUUGAAUUUUAAUUCUAUUGGGCUCAAAGAUUGGUUAGAUAAGGAUAGGCAUUUCCCUGAUUCUUUGGAAAUGUUGGACAUGCGAGACUCUACUCUUGAGGAAAAUCAUCUCAAGCGCAUCAAAUUAGAGAAUUGUAAAAAAUUAAAAACUGUUCGUUUGUAUUUCGGUAAAAAGGAUGAUUAUAAGAAGAUCUUAACUGAUUUCCAGGAAAUGUGUCCAUCCAUUCAGAGCUUGAGAUAA